CAAAGUUGGUUAACGUUGUGCUAAGCUAGCAGCUGCAGAAGCUUGUCUGAAAUAUUGUAAACAUGUCAGAUACAGAAGAAAACACAGAGAUUGCGAUUCCAUGCGUGGUCAUCACGAGCUGUGACAGUGGUUUUAAAGAAGAAGAGCUGAUACAACAGAUCCUCAAUUCGAAGACUUUACCUGAGCCGAUCAAGAGAGAAGAAUCAGUAACCUGGUACCCAUGGACCAUCAACAACAAAUAUUAUACAGCAGAUGUCGGGCUAUGUGUUGUACCAAGCACUUAUCAAAUGUCAUCGGAGAUUGCCCAGUCCAUGCAGGCUUUCAUCGCUUAUUUUGACAGCACAGUGAAGGAUGGUCUGGAACAGCUGCGUCCUUGGAUAUCGGUGGUGGAAGAUCUUGCUCCAGAGGUGCUUAUUCUGGUGUGUGACAGAGUCUCUGAAAAUGGGGUCACCAGGCACGAAGCACAACAGUGGUGUUUGGCUCAUGCCUUUGAGCUGGUGGAGCUCAAUCCGCAGGAGCUGCCAGAUGAGGAUGAUGACUUUCCAGAAUCCACAGGAGUAAAGAGGAUUGUCCAGGCCCUCAAUGCCAACGUGUGGACCAGUGUGGAGAUGAAGGAUGGGCACAAUCAGGGCUUUGGUCUGAUGAGUAGUUUGGUGGCCUCCAGACACAACAACCCACGCCCACACAACUGUCAAGAUCCUCCAUCUUCCAGCUUGCCAAUAGAGGGCUCACUUGUCAGUGAGGAGGCUAACCAUACAGAGAGUAGUACAAACACAGACACACAGGGAGACACAGUAGUUGAUGCAAUGACUGAUUUGGACAUUCAGGAGCUUGCGAAUCUCACAGCUGGAGAUGCAGAUGUGGACAACUUUGAACGUCUCUUUACCAAAUUGAAAGAGAUGAAAGACAAAGCGUCCUCAUUACCUCAUGAGCAGAGAAAGGUUCAUGCAGAGAAGGUAGCAAAAGCAUUCUGGAUGGCCAUCGGUGGCGAUGAUGAUGAGAUAGACGGGUUAUCAUCGGGUGAGGAAAGCUAAAAGUAUCUACCUGUGACUCGGUCUCUUUUCUCCUCGUCAUCCUCCUCUCCCGGGGCUCCCACAAGAUCCAGCGCCCUUUGACUUGCUUUUUGCACCUGGAAGGUGGAGAUGCUUACAGAUGGUACUGUAGGCAUAAUCAGUUUAGAAACUUUUGAUCCUUCAAUGAAAUGAUUGCAAUACUGAUGUAUAGUGAAAAACAGUUGAAUAUCUUGAUUAGGGAGAGAAGAGAGCCAGUUGAUGGCCCUGACCCUCAGUCUUCUCCCCUGGCUCCCUUGCUAUGCUUUAAGCCCCGAGUACACCUCAACACAUAAUGGUGAUGCAGGUGGAAAAACAAAAUUAAAUGAUGUGGGCUUUGAUUUAUGUAUACGUCCUUUAGGUACAGUUGUCAUGUAUAUUUGCAAGUGACAUAAUGUGCCUUAUCCUUAGAGUUGUAAGACAUUUAAUGCACAUUCUGUUCAAUCAACAUAAAGACUUGUAAUUUUAAAUUUUCUGCUCUGUAUUGUGAGUGUGGCGUAUUUAUUGUGAACGCAAGACUGUUGCACUACAUGGUUACAGACAGCUAAUUCAUUCUUAUAAAGAAAAAAUAUGCAGAGCAGAAAAAUAGGAACACCUGUAUGCUCCAAUGGAGUACCUCUCCAAUAAAUGAAAUGUUCAUUCCCAUUGCUGUAUUGGACAGAAUUAUACUGAAGGAUGUUUGAAGUAUUUUGUCUGUCAUGUAUGUGCCGCUUACAAUAUGCCAUCCAACAAAAAUACCACCACAAACUACAACCUCAAAAGUUGCCUUAGGGUUGAAUCCUUAAUUCUUACAGUUGCACAAUGACAGCAUUUAUUACAGGAUGGCAGUCCUGGUCACUGUGUAUUAACAAGUCAUGGUUAAAAACACUCUGGCUUAAAAGUUUUUUUUACUCAGUUGCAAUUUAUUAAAUUUUCACAGAUAACAAAACAAUGGUCAUUUGAGAACAAAUAUUAGGCUACAUGAA